AUGACUCAGGACGUAUCCCUAGACAGCGCGAUGCGUCGUCUUAAGCAACACGUCUUCAAGAAUCGCAUCCGUGUGAAAGAGUUUCUGAUGGACUUCGACAAACUAAACUCCGGUUAUGUAUUUCCAAAUCACUUCCUCAGCGCGCUGAGCAUGGCUGGCAUCGACCGGUACCUCAGCGCGAAGGAGAUUGAGCUUAUCUGUGAACAUUACAAAGUGCAACGGGAUGCCACUCUGGUCAUGGUGGACACGCGGUCCUUCAUCCACGACGUCGAGCUCGUGUUCACGAUACCGUACUUGGAGAAGGACCCCCUCACCAACGUUCCCCCCGAGCCCUCCGAGCUCCUGGACCGCACCCGCUACCUCAAGUCCUCGCGCAUCCUGCCCAACCCAGAUGACGAGGCCAAGGUCAUGGCGCUGCUGGACCGCCUCAGCGAGACCACGCUCAAGAGGGGACAGCCUGUCAAGGCGUUCUUUGACGACGCUGCCCAAGACGACCACUCAGCUAAGCUGUUUGGCCACGUGACAGUGCCGCAAUUCCGGCAGGUCCUGACCACCAAGUUGGACUGGGUGGUUUCGGACCCCGAGGUUAUGCUGCUGGUGGCCAAGUUCCGGCACGAGGACAAACCCGAGUUCGUCAACUACAUCGCCUUCAGCUGCACCGUGGAUCCCCCGGACAGGACCGUCAGGACGUUGAUGGCGUUCGUAGUGGUGUGGGUGCGCGCUCUGGGCGAUGAGUGGGCGGAUAGGCUGUCCUGCACCGCACCGUACCGCAUCCUGUACCGCAUCCAAUCAACCUCUGUGUGCCGCAUCACAAUUCGGCAGUUACGGCGGCAUGUCGGGGUGGGGAUUGGGAAGGGUGGUGGUUUGGCAUUGGUAAUGGAAUGGGUGAUGGUGGGAUAUGAAUUUAGGGGAAAGGGAUCUGGAGAUCUGGGCGGUGCUGCACGUGCAUACAAAGCUGCUUGGCCAGGUGGUGGUGCCGCGUGCUUUCCGACAGGAGCCGUCUCCUGGUUCUCCGGGACAAAGCACCCAAGGCAGGUCAAAUUGUAG